AGUCUCCAAUUAAGCACAAAACGUGACAUUGCAUUUGCAUAAAACAUCGAAUACUGGCGACCGGCAAUGAAAAAUCUACUGAUGCCGCUUAACGGCGCCAGUGGCGAGCCAAGCACAACCAGCUGCAACUUUCACAAAGAUGCUCUGCUUGGCUUCGCCCUCGACUUGCCCGAUGAGCAACUGGACAGCGCUGUGAUCCAGUUGCAAGCGGCCGCAGCCGAGCAGCAGCAGCAAAAUAACAUUAAUAAUAACAACAGCAGCAACAAUAAUAGCAACAAUAGCUGCAAUAGCGGCGACUUUCAUCCGUCACUGCUGAAUUGCGUUGAUCUGUUGCCGCCCGCAGUGCCAGCGACCGAUUUGCCGGAAUGUUACACAUUUGAUGCAGAGGCCGCUGCCACCGAGUUGGUAAAUGUGGCAAACAAGGAUUGCGAUUCAUUGGCCAGGCUGGCCUACAAUCUGUAUCGGCUUGCCAAGGAGGAUCACAUCGUUAUCGAUCGCAAACGGAAUGAGGUUAUCCGCACCGAUGCAUUGACUAAUCAGAAAACCAUCUAUCGCUGCAUGGAUCCCAUCGGCAUGGGCAUGUAUCCGGCUAAUUGCAGUCGUUCAUCGUCCUCCUUUAAAGUGAGCCGUGCACGGAAACGUACGGCAACAGCAGACAUAUCUGGUAUAGCACCAACUGUUGCCAUUGGCCGAAAAACCAAUGAACCAGUGUCCGCCUUAAAUGCGGAUUCGAUGCCUCGCACUCGCUCCGGACGCAUUAUACGCCCUCCCUUACCACAGGCGGCAACAGCGCCAGUUGCAACUGAAGCAGCAGCGCCAAAUUCAUCGCAAAUGCUGGAGAUGCUUGUGGCGGAGCUGAGGGACAAGGACUAUCGUGCGCCGGCAGCAGCGCACACUCCAGACUUGCCAGCAGCUGAAGCGUACAAGGAGCGUGCUGUGCCGCCGAAUGCAAUUUGUCCGGGCUGCAACAAGAUCUUUCUGGGUCGUCGUAUGCAGCGCCACUACGUCAAGUAUCCCGAACAUAUGCCCAGCGCCAUUGCCGUUCAACAUCAACACCAGCAGCAGCAGCAACUGCAGCAAGAGCAGCAACAGCAGCAGCAACAGCAGCAGCAACAGCAACAACUGCCGCAGCAGCAGCAACAACAACAGCUCAAUGUACCGACACUGUUUGGACUUCUCACUGCGCAGCUGCAGCGUCAUAGUCAUCUCAGCGAGGAGCAGCGCGCCGAUCUCUUUUUGCACGAGUUAACUGACUUUGUGGAGCAGCUGCAGCUGCGUAGCACGCGCCUCAUUCGCAACACAUCCGGUGUGCAUUUUGUGAAUGCGCGCAUCGCACGCGUUCUGGGCAUACCUGAGGGUCAGUAUGCGCUGGAUAUGUCGGCUAUGGAAUCGGCGCAGGCGCCGACACCGGAACCGGAGCUGCAGCAGUCGUUGCACAGCAGCGCUGUGUCCAGCUGUGCACGCAAUAUGGUCGAUUAUCCGGGCCUCAGCAUGUCACUGGAUGACACGCUCACGGAUGAGGCUGCUCAGCGACUAAAUUUGUCCGCCGGUGGCAAAUUGCUGCCACCAUCCGAGGAAAGUCUGUUACGCAAUGUUAGCGAUCUCAUGCAGCCACCGGUAGCUGUGGCACAGCCCACAGUUGACCAUGGCGCGGGCGCAAUGUUGCCGCAUUAUGAUCAUGCUAGCGAUAAUGCUGUCGAGGCGCUCAGCAUGAAGGAGACGCCCAAUGCGGCUAUUCUGGAUCUCAAUGUUGAUUACUUCAAGUUCAACAACUAGUUAAUUAAUUGUACACGCACAAUUUUGCGCCGCCAUUAUUUUUCCUUACUUAUUUAUACACAUUUUAUUUAUAUGCACAUUUUUUCUAAUUAUUUAGGAAUUUUAAACGAAUGUGCAAAGCGAUUGUGAGAUAAAAAAAAAACAGAAAAUAUUUUCAUGGAAUGAAGAAAAUAGAAGUGUUUCAGUGCCAAUUUUUUUAUGAAUGUAUAUAUAUAUUUGAAUAAAUGUAUAUUUUAAUGCGAAAAUA